AUCGUCGACGUCGCUCGUCGUCGAUUGCAAUACUGUGUCUUGUGCUUUUAAGAGCGACGACGUGUGACAUAAAAAAGCCGCUCCUAAUGCGGCGAACAACAACGCCGGCGUCCCGUAAAAGGAGAGAGAGAUGAAACCCCGCGUGCUGUUCGUGUACUGGGCGCUGCUCCUAAUAUCGACGGUGUCCAGUGGACUUUUGUUUCUAAUAGUAGCUUCGGAGAACGCACAAACCAAAGAUUCUUUUUUCCAUCCUGAGAAGAAUGAGACUUACGGAGCUUAUAAUAAUGUUACGUUCAAUUACGAGGACCAUGAAAGUUUUGAGUCUUCGUCUAUACUGGAUGCUGAAACUGCAACAGCGACAUUAAAGACUAACCAGAACAAUUUAUAUGACCAGCAAGAAGCUACAGUCUCUGCUAGUUUUGAGACAAUUACCAACGAUGAUGCAGGGGAGAAAAAGAAUAUAGAUAUUUUAGCUGAGAGUCUCACCCAACAGCCUAAUCUCUCUCAAGGGAUCUCUGAGACUGGCCAGGCGGUAGUGUUGACUUUGGUGGACACUGCGGCUGAAUUGCAAAAUCUAGCCGAGCCGAAAAUCGAUCAUGAGUUUUCUUCGCGAUCGUCUAUCAAAAAUUCAUCAUUGCUGGGCACCAAUCAGGUCAGACAAUCGGAGCAUUUGAAGGAGACCGUGCCAACAACGCAGAUUCCACCGCCGCCGAUCGUCGACGAGACGACAGAGAGACCGAAUGACACCGAUGUCCUCGAAGACGAGGAAGAAGUGCUUUUACUAAAGAAAAUCACUGCUGAGGAACCGCCGGAGGUUGUAGUGAUCGUAAGAGCGGAGCAGAAGAUUAACACGGACGAAUUAGAGCUAAGAGUCGAGGAAGAGGACGCUGGUCAAGCUCAGGUGUCUGAGGAAUUGUCAUCAAAGAUCGAUGACACCUUCACCACGGCACCAGAAUUAAACGACACGGCGGCCAGAGCACGAUUGGUCGGUGAUAGCAGAGACGAGACUGCAGCAGUGAUUUUGAACGGACUUGUCACUUCAGGUCCCACCGAGCCACAUGAGGACAUACCAUCUUUCAGUGAAUGGGCACAAAAACGUUUGGAGGAGGCCGAAAAGAAAAAAACUCAUCCGAACGCUUCCGUGCAGACCCCGGGUGGUCCAGGACGAAGCGUAAGCGGAAUGAAAAUUCGUAAUAAGAAUUAUGCUUCUCCAGACUGCGGCGCCAAAAUCGUAGCAGCCAACCCCGAAGCGAAUAGUGCCAAAAACGUUCUGGUGUCCACGCGGGACGAAUAUAUGCUGAACGCCUGUACAUCGCGUGUCUGGUUUGUCGUCGAGCUAUGUGAAGCGAUACAAGCAAAAAAGAUCGAGUUGGCAAACUUUGAGCUCUUCAGCUCGUCGCCGAAAGACUUUUCUGUCUACGUGAGUGAUCGUUUUCCUACUAAGGACUGGAGCCCAGUCGGUCAAUUCACUGCCAAGGAUGUGAAAGACGUCCAGAGCUUCACUCUACAUCCUCAUUUCUUUGGCAAGUUUAUCAAGGUUGAACUCCAAUCACAUUAUGGUUCGGAGCACUUCUGUCCUGUCUCAUUAUUUCGCGCUUAUGGCACUAGCGAGUUCGAAGUGCUGGAAACCGAAACGGAGAAUGAGACCUUAGAAGAGAAAAACACGGACGAAGAUGACGACGAGGAUAGUGACGAAGAGGAGUUGUUAGAUGGUGAAUCAGCGAGUAAUCUUUUCGGUAGUGCACGCGAUGCCGUGCUAAGUGUAGUGAAAAAAGCCGCAGAGAUCUUGGUUAAGUCCAGUGGUCUCACUGGAAACAACAUCACGCAAAUCCAACAAAGUAUUGAUCACGGUAACAUCUUAGACAAUUCGUACACUAGCUGUACGACACCAAGAUACACGAUCCUCUGUGGCAACUGUACCGAUCAGAAGUUUGCCAGUGUUUUCCAACUGGUCAGCUGCAAGAAUCAGCAGUUGGAUGAUUUGCUUAGAAUUGAUUUGGUAAACAGAACUUUAAGACGAGGAAAAUUGUGUGGUCUUCAUGGCGUAGAAAUUGAAUCGUUUUGGCAGGAAAGAGAGGAGGACAAAACAAAAGAUGAUGAUUUGACGCAUUUUAAUUUGGCAGAAGAUUUCCAGGCGACUUUUUUAACAUCUUUCUUCAAACCUGAGUAUAUUGUAGCAUUGUGCAAUGUUUUAGCAACAAAGGAACGUAAGGUGGUAAUGAAUACAAGUUACGAAAUUCCCGUAAAUAAAUCUAAAGACGCUGCUAGUAAAAAUAUUUUAUCCACUAAAGAUACCGAUCGCGUCGAUAUCACUUUUCAUCAAACUUCCUCCACUCCGGAUCCAUGUACUCUGGAUUCGAGUUCUUCCGCUUGCAAAUCUGCCGCGUCCUCCAAGGAAGUCCGGCAGCAUCCAUUGACUCAGGAUGUUAAAGAGAGCGAAAAUAUUAGCAUUGCGACCAUAGAGACUUCCUCCAGUUUUCCGGAGAGCUUAGCAUCGCAGAUCAAACCUACGAAGACACUCAGCAAAGAAGAUUUGAAAAAGGAAUCGUCUGUACCUAUUUUGGAACCUAGUAAGGAGUUUACGGAAGAGACGUUGCAGUCGAAAGUGCUGACGACCGCUGCACCGCUCUCUAAUCCGACACCGACGUUGAAGAUUGCUGAAGAAUUGGCGGUUUUAGGAACUCCUAUCGAGACAUUAUCUAUAAGUAACGUUCCGCUAAUAAAUAUCGAUAGUAAAGAAACUGAGACCCUUAUGCCUGAUAUGGAAAGUGCCGAAACUAUCACGCAAGUCAAAACAGAAAAGUCAGAAAAUAACGAACAAGACGGAAGACAGGUGAAAGAUCUGAGUGAGCAAGAAGCUCGAUUGUCGCCUCAAGAUCAUCUCUCGUUGGAUUCAUUACUAUCCGAUUUGAAAGAUUUGGAGGUCGACACGGCUAACAUACAGAAUGGAGCAUCUAGCUCUUCGCCGACGACACAGCCCACAGCAAAUGUUGUUCCUCAGAAAGAGUCUGUUUUUCUUCGAUUGUCCAACAGAAUCAAAAUUUUAGAAAGAAACAUGUCACUCAGCGGACAAUAUUUGGAGGAAUUAAGUCGUCGCUACAAAAAGCAAGUCGAAGAAAUGCAGCGCUCAUUGGAGCGUGCAGUAGCUGCUAUGGGUGAGGAAUCGCGAAAGGGCGAAGAACGUGAUGCUAAAAGAGCAGAAGAAAUCACCGCUUUGAGGGAAGAAAUUGUGAUACUCUCUAAAUCUGUUGAAACUCUUCUUUAUGAUCGGGACAGUUGGCGCAGCCGAAUAUCUGCGAUUGUUCAGCACGCCUUGUUGAUCUGUCUGGAAGUUAUCGUUAUUAUCUUGAUUCUCUCUUAUUGUCGUCGAAGAGAAGGUUUUGAGGAAGAAAAACUCGAAUCGGACACGAGAAAGGACACUAUGCGUCGAAAGAGUGCGGAGAAUUUUAGUUCUCAUGCCGCAGCCAAGAAAAUAAAGAAACGGCGACCCAGCGAGAUUGCUUCUUAUAUUAGCGGCACAUAUCACGAAUUGAUGAUCGAUGAUCGACCCUUUGAGACAAAGAAGGAACGAAAGAAAAAACGCAAGAAAGAAGCACUUACCGCCGGUACUAAAGCAGUUAAUAUCGAUGCGAAACAAGAAGUGGUUCAUUACAAGAGUGUAUUAAAUGCGAUCCCUGGUGGUACGACGUUACCGUCGAGAAGAGCAUCGUCCAUAGAUCCUCCACACUCCAAAGAAUCGCAGGAUUCGGUCGAUAAGAGACCAGAAUCCGCACCCGAGACUGCCAUUGGUUGGUUCGAUGAUCAAAUAGAAAGAAUAGAACGAAUCACGCAACCUACAUCAGAAGAUAAAACUUAUAAGAUAGAAUCCAGAAUGAAUUCCGACCUUAGUCGUCAAGACAAACUCGGUAAACUCGGUAAACCUAAUACGUCAUUAGUGAUCGUAAAUAGGUCCGUUGAAAAAUCAGGCCCGCGUUUGAAUACAGUUGAACGGAAGAACGAGACGUCAAAGAAUGGCUCGUUCAGAGCUGGCAGUAUUCUUAAAGGUACGAGAUUGAGUUCGCCAUCCUUUAUGAAAACUGCCUUAGGUAAAAGGAAAUUGUCUACGAAUUCCACAAAUUCUACGAAUUCUGAAAAAUGGGAGUGGAGCCAAGAUUCGGAGCAUUCAAAUGACAGGUCCUCUCAGUCCAGUCCUACGGACUUUAAAACGCUGUCGCAGAUUAUCAGUGAUCGUGCCAAUGGGAGUACCGCGAACGGUUUGAUUGAAGAAAGUGACGAGUCGAGAAGCAGUAGCGCUACGCCUACUUCAAUCAAGAAAGAGAAGAGAAGCACUGGUUUGAAGAAAAUGGUGAGAAAGUUUUUCUGAUUGAAAUAGAUCCGUCGCAGAUACAAGUCGAACUGGAGCAUCGAUUCUUAUGUCGAUUCGAUCGCCAUAUAAAUAUUGCAUAUUUGUGAAAGUUUUUGGUUUGAUCUUGCUUCAUCAUUACUUUUUUCUUACUUUCCUUGUUUUGCUCAUUUAAUUCAAUUAAUUCAAUUGUAUAAACGUAAGACUUUAGAUACUUGUUAUCGCACGAUAAAUUGAAGUAAUUGAUUAAAAUAGGGAAGAUGAAAA